ACCCCAGUUGCAUCCCGAAUCAGGUCCAAUGUAAACAAAAGAUGGGCCAUAAUUCCUUGAAUAAUUUCGGCUCUGGCUCUUAUCGCGCCUCACGCACGCACUUCAAGACACGCGACUUUUUCAUGAUUCACAGUUAAACGCGCGCGCGUGGGGUAGCAAUUCACUUCGCUGCUCCGUGCAGUUAAAGCCCACCCGCCAAUUUCCACAUUCGAAGCAUUCCGACGCCUCAACCACAACAUCUUCGAAUCGUGGAACCAGGAACCAGCCGUUUUGCGCAAUGGACGGCACGACCAGCCCCGGAUGGGGAAGCGGGCACGAGCCCGUCGACAACAAUCCUCCCCCAGCGUCGUUUGUGACGUUUUUCCCGGCGGCCCAGGAGGCCAAGACAGAGAUUUCGUGGGCGGACAAUUUGGUCGCCCAAAAGCCAGCGACCAUUCUGCGUGCGUGGUGCCGCGUGCCUGUCUCGGCCGGCCCUUCAACUCUUCGAAAGGGCAUGACAAUCAUGAAGCGGGUGGGCCGAGUGGCUCGUGUGGUGGCGGCCAGCCAGGCCGCAGCAGAGACCGAGGUGGCAGAAGACCUCGAGGAGGCACAGCAGGCGAACCGUCGCCGUCUAAACUCGUUUGUGCCGACGGCUGACGCCGUGUUGGAGUUGGUGGGAGAGCCUCUGUCCAGAGCAGAGGUGGCAAGCGCCGUCAUGCGCGCCAAGGGUUUGUUUCUCGUUUCCUUUUCCUGCAACAUCCCCGUCAAAGCGACGACGCUCGAGCUACAAUUUGCUGACUACUUUUGUUUCAUAGUGGACGUUGCAAACUGCUACCUCCACGAAGAAUACACCGACGUAUCGGAGCAGAGAAACCUGGCCAAGCAGAGCCAGUACACCAAGAAGACUGUCCCCCUGAAGCGCCGCUUCAGCAACUAUUCCUCCGUCGAUUUCGAGUACGCGAGCGGAGGCAAUGGCUACGCCAUUUACAGCGAGCUCCACCCUAUACUCUCCAGAGCUAUGCAGAGCGGCGUCACCGAAAUAGACGUCAGCAUGGCAUCCAUCACAGAGGCUGGAGUCCACCUACGAUCUAUGUCUCGCAACCCCCGAGUUCUUCUGGCUGCCAGCGGCAUGCCAGGGCUAUCAUAUAUCGCCGACGACAGCGAGCCGUCCAGCGUCCUGACCUUGGAGCCUAACGAGUCCAUGUCAGACGCCAAGUCUCCCACGAAGCGAGCCUCUACCCAGUCCCCAAGCCCUACCAAGAGCAGCAAGAGCUUCCGCAAGAGACUCAGCGACACCAUUGUCAGACUGUUGCCAGGAUCCUCCCCUCGGGCUGAGCCUUCUCCCAUCAAGCCGUCUUCUCCUCCUACACCCAGCAAGGACUUUGAAAGCCCUCGUCAGCAAACGCCCUCUAUUACCAUUCCCAAAAGUCCCAGUGCAUCCAAGUCGCCUUUACUAUCGGCAAACUCUACUCCCGGCCUCAUUCGAUGGUCCAACCGCUCUUCCAAAGAAUCGCCCUUUGCUCGAUGGCGCCCAAAGCGCAAAUCGGAACCUGCUCGCCUCUCGACAACACCUUCAUCCCCUCGCAACGACUCCUCCACCUUUGACAUUAGCAUGGAAGACAGCUCUAUCAUGUUUGGAUCCCCUACGCACCAGUCUCGCCCUAACGCCCCUACUCCUUCUAAAUGGAGCGGCCUUCUACCUUCGACCCCUAGCCAAAAGGCUUCUUCUGCAGCUGCCACGCCCGCCAAUGAUGGAGCGUCUCUCGGUUUGGUCAAAUCCCUGCCUGAGUGGAUGCAGCACAACAAGUCACCCGCAACUCUCGAAAAAUACGACCCCAGCAACAUUGAAUUCCGACCCUCCUCUCCCUCAUUCACCAAUUCAGCUUCCUGGGUUAAUGUCCUAACGGACUCAAUUGAGAUUGAGCGCACAAAGAUUGUCAGGCGACGCAAAAGUGAGCCGCUGGUCAGAAACAUGCUCAAAUCCCACACUUUGCGACGAACCUCACUUUCACCUCACAUCAGAUCGAGUGGGGCCAUGCCCACCAUUGAUGAACCAGCCUUUCCCAGCGAUAAUUCCAUCUCUCGAAUUCCCGAGCAUUCUCAAACUUCUAACCUCUUCAACUCUUCUGCGACUCAGUCAAACACUCUCAACACCGCUGCUAUCGAACAAACCGAAGACAUGGACGCCCAAGACAUGCAAGCCCAAGACAUGCUCGCCCAAGGCGUGGACCCCCGAGAUCCACACGAUUUCCACCGCCUCUCGUGGGAUUACAAGGCGCAGAUAGAGGAUGUGCUGAGAGAGAGAAGAAAUGCUCCUCCUCCUGUUCGCCAUCCAGACGAUGUUUUCGACGACCCCAACGACAGAUACCGCCGUGAAUCUCCUCCCCCGCAUAACCCUGUGGAGCGGCUGGCCCGCAUGGCAGAGACCGGAUGUUACGACAAGGCUGGCGUCAUAAUUGCUGAGAGGGGAGAAAGGCUUCUUGUUCAGUUUAAGCUGCCGAUCAAGUACAUUGAGCAUUUCCCCCAAGACUCACGCGCAGACAGAGACCCCUGGCGGCCAGACCCUCAAGCACACUACUUCCAGCGCAAAUUCCCAGGAGAAACACCCAGUCCCGAACCUCGACAGAGAUCUGAAUGGAGCUCAUCGCCUCUCGCAGAGGAAGAAUCUCAUCUCGCUGAUAAGACCCUUGUUGUUUCCGACUUUGGCGGCUCUCCUACCAAGCGCGCCUCACUGUCUGCAGUGAAUGAAGAAUCUCAUCUCGCUGAUAAGACUCUUGUUGUUUCCGAUUUCGGCUCGCCUUUGAUGCCCUUAACAUCUCCCGAUCAUGAAGACUUCUAUCCCAGUGAUGAAACUCUCAUUGUUUCCGAUUUUGCUACCUCGCCUGCCAAGCGCGGCUCGUCUUCUCGUCAAAGCAUCGCCACCAGCUCACCCGCUCCAGCAUCGCAAAAGGUUCCUUUUACACCUGCCGAUCAGUUCAUCAUUCCCGACUACGUGACCACAUCUGACAGAAAAGUCUAUCAGCCUGGCAUGGUCUAUAAGCCUGACAUGAACUCGCAGUCUCUCGUGGCCCCGGAACUUCCCACAAUCCCAGAGCUUCCCAUGAACUCAGAGCUUGCCGUUAAUACCGACAGCUCCUCUCUCUCUGACCUUGAGAAUACGCCACCUCUGAACGGAUCAUCUGCACUGAGCAUUGCCAUCAUGGCCGCCGGGAACGCAGGAGAGCAAUCUGCCUAUGCAGAUGCCGAGCCAUCGCCCGCCAAUUCAACAACCACCAACGACCCUACCUCAACCUCACCCAUCUCAUUUACCCCCGUGAACCAAGCCAGCGCUCAAAAGAAAGCAGCUAGCCCUACCCUUAGCAACAAGCAAGGCUCCUCUACCAGUCCAGAAUCCGGAAAGCCAUACCCCAUCAGCCACGACGAUACCCCUGAGCGCGAUUAUCUGCGCGAUUUCAUCAGACGCUCGAAGCCCCGACGUCUCUCUACCACCGAGACCGGCUCCCCCAUCGCCAUCGCCCCUGUGCAGCGUCAACCUCUUGGAGCUAGAAGCCCUAACAUGGAGACUCAGCCAAAGGAGAAGCGCAAGUUUGAGAGUAGCGAAGGAGAAGAGAACGAGAACGAGCCAGAGGCCAAGCCGGAGCCUGCUGCCAAGCGAGUCCGCCGUGUUCAUCGAACCACCCCGCCAAAGCCAAAGCCAAAGCCUGUUGCUACCAUGAAUCACUCAGAUGAUGAAGAUCCCCUCGCCAAGGACGUGGCACCAACAUCAGUCAAGACAAGUGAUGCUGUCGACGAGCUGGCAAACGACGAAGAGCAGAAAGAGGCCCCCGUUCCGGCCGCAUCCCGCCGAUCCUCGCGUUUAAAGACCAAGCCAAGCGCCAUUCCCAAGCCGUCGACUCCAGCACCCACCAAAGUCGGUCGUGGACGUCCCCCUAACACCCUGGGCUCUGUGCGCAACGAACAGCAGGACUUGGUCCACCAAACCCGCGCCAACACUCGCCGUAACAAGGGGAAUGCUGAGUAUCCUGCCCAAUUUUUGGCUCGGCACUCUGAGGAGGAAGAGGAAGAGGCAAGCCAGCAGGACGAAGCCGAGACCUCCAAGGCUGGACGUGGCAAGAGCGUUGUUUGGAAGGAGCCGUUGGCCUCGUACCAGGAGGAAGAGAAGCCAAAGAGGGGGCGGCCGGCCAAGGCCAAGGCCACGGUGGUCGGGAGCCGGGUCUCCAAGCCCGCGGCCAAACCCUCGGCAGCGGCGCAGAAGCAGCGGUCCAGCAGGAUCGCAGCCGGCCUAGGAAUGGCAGGGAACGGGACUCCUGCCCCCAAGCGCGCGACUCGCGCGUCAACACGGAGUCGGAAGUGAUGGUCGAGCUGUAUAGUUCCCGGUGGUUGAGCCGCAAGGUUCCCACCGGUUGAGCUAUACAGUUCCCAUCACUUCCGACGAAGUGGAGGGGCAGGAGGGGGAAGGGGGAGAAGGGGGAGAAGGGGGAGAAGGGGGAGAAGG